AUGCCUCCGACCACCUCAGCUUUCGCAGCGCAACUGCGCACGAUUGCUGCGAAGUCCACCAACGAGUUAGACCUCCGCGCACGUCGAGACGCUCACGCCGAAUCGCUCAUCUUCGAUCGCCCGGUUGCUGCAAAACAAGACUGGGAUACGAUAUAUCAGAUAUGUGUUGAGGGGUUUCAUGAGCUAUGCGUGCUCGAUUCGAGACUGCGAGAGUUCGACCAAAAUCUCUUCAGCCCCCAAGCCAAGGAGCAAGACAGAGAGCAAUUGAACAAAACACAAAAUGAAGCACUAGGAGUGGUAAUUGAACGCUGUCUGGCUAUUCUCGGAUCCAAAAUCCUUCUAAGACCGGGUGUAAGGGCUGUGGAAUGGCUUGUUCGAAGAUUCCGAGUCCAUGUCUACAACACAAGUGUCCUGCUUGCCACCUUCCUCUCUUACCACGAAACACCCGUCUUCCGAAAUCUCUUGAGCAUCAUCCCAGCAAACAAGAUUGUGAAUGAAUGGAAGUUUCUGGGACCAUACCACAAUACCGCAGCCAAUUUACCGCGCCACACCAUAGUUUAUAGCGCCACGCACAAUGACGCCUUUUUCUCAUAUUUCAACAACUAUGUUCUGCGGACAUGUCAAGAGGGAGCUGGACAUCCACAACUGCUUCGCUUUUGGGGUACACUCGUGGUGGAAGCGGUGACAGGAAGACUCAACCAAGUUCGAAGUGGGCGAAAAGAGGUGGAAAAGCAAAGGUUAGAGGACGCUUUGAUAAAGAUUGUCCCUGUGCUCGAGGAAGGAUUCGAGAUCAAGGAUAGCCCUGAGGUCACCGUCACUUGCUUCACCAUAUCGCUCCUUCUAGCAAGCAAUUCCAACCUGCAAGACGCGGUUAUCGAUUCACUGAUGAGAUCAGUCGCUUCGCAUAUUCAACCCGACAAUCCAGACUCAAAAGCCGCGUUGGCUUGUCUAAUUGUACUCGUCACCAGGAAACACGAACCAAAAGUGCCAAAAAAAGUGCUAGAACUUCUCAUCAAGCAGCGUGACUUGAAAUUAAGACUGUUGGAGCUCAAAGAACAAGUCCCCAUUCCUUCCUGCUUGGAGGUUUUGGUCAAUUCUUCUCUCACUGGUCUCAAGCAGUCGAACUUCGACUCUCGCCUUGCAUUUGUGGAGCGAUUGUUUGAAGUGACCUUGGGGUUAGUGGACAUACAGACGAUCAGCCGCUGUCUUGCAGUAAUCCUACGAAAGCUCGAAGGAGCAGCUGGAACUCCGAGCCGGGAAUACUUGACCAGCCUCCUACGAAGGCUUAACGAUAACCCAAAUUUCUCACCAGCCUUCCCUGAGGCCAUCCAACUAGCUGGAAAGUCAUUGGGAGACAUCGAGGAGGUUCUCGAAACCGCAAUUGAGUCGAUGGACGAUGUUCAGAUGAUUGAGUCCAACCAGAUGGAACUCACUGAUCCAGCACCGGAGAACUCCUUUGAAUCUGAGAAGCUUGAUUCAAUGUUGGCACGUUUGCCGGCAGAGUCGGUGGAUCUGUCGUUUCUAGCUAUGAAAACUUCUCCUUUGUUUGACCAGCUUCUUCAAGCCUUUGCACUCUGCCACAAAUCCGAAGACGCUCUUGCGCGAUUCGAGGCUCUGCCGCUUUGGGGCAACAGUGUUGACCAGCCGUCAGACCUAAAGACGAGCUUCUACUUGAGAGUGGCCCUCAAAGCCUCCGUGGCACCCCACCAGGUUGUGGCACUCAGAAGCCUGUCCCAUGGUCUCGAACGUGCUUCUCAUGCCCCCUCGCAAUUGCUCUUCCCUUAUUUGACGAUACUUCUGGCUGACCCAGGGCAGCCUGUGAGACGAGGAGCUGCAGCAUGUUUGUUGGGUCUACGGAAGAGCCUGGCUAAGGAUACCACCGAGGCCACCUCAGAGACUACAGAAGUUUAUGAUGGCUUAUCUAUGAAAAACAUGAAGCGUUUACCGACAGGUCAAGCACUCAAGCUUCUUGACCAAGUAGUCAUUCCAAACUUGGAAGAGUGCAUACUCGAAGCGUUGCAUAUUCAUCGGGUGCUCGAGACCGCAUUUAACAGUCUUUCUCGGUCAUCCUCAUCAGGGACAAAGACUGCAAAUGUUGAACUGAAGAAGAGUUUGAAGCACGACCUGUUCGACCAAUUGAUUUUGUGUGCGACAACAACUCCUCUUACCAAGGUCAAGCUUCGUGUCAUCGAGUUACUCGGUGGCGUCCAGAAAGUGGGCAGUACGAGCACGAGCAGGGCCCUAGCACCCGUGCUAAAGACCUGGGCAACAUUGAAAGACGACGAAGCUGAAGCUGUCGCUACCGCGGAGGAUCUGUCUCUUGCGCAUAUCGACGCUGUUAUGGUGCAGAUUAUCAAUGGUCGCAGUAAAGAAGCAGUAGAACAAGCUCUUGAGAUGCUCAAAGAGGCGAGCUCGCACAUGAGAGUCGCUUUAGUGACUGCCUUCUUUGAUCGAUUGACGCUCAUCUGGAAGGAUGUGCGUCGCGAGUCACAGAUCUCAUCUGCUGGACUUCUGUUUGACAUGUCUUUCUCUGACAAUCAUGCCUUGGCCAGUGGCAGUCGAAAUGUUCUUCAGUCAGUAACUCUCUCAACGGAAAUUCUCGCUUCAUUCUUCGAACUGGCGUCGUCAGGCAUGUCAGACCUGCAGACCCUGGCUCCACCGAAAAAGAAAAGGAGAACUAGUCAUGGCCGCGAAAGCCUGCCUCGAGAACUGGCACAGACCCUUACUCUCGUGGAUUCCCGUUUGACCUUUGCGCUAGAAAUUGUCGAAAACUCCAAGCCAGAAAACCAUCCUCAAUUACUUGGCGAUUUGUUUGAAGUCCUAAUUUCUCUGCGACGAACCGAGGAUAGAGGAGUUCCGGCAUCUCCCUACCUGACCACCCUGUGCCUGAGUAGCAUUCUGUCAAUUGUCAACGAGAUACGACAAGCUCGGAAACCAGAUCUGGAUGUGUCGAAAAUCCGUCCCGAUCUGGUCAUCGACUGCGCUCGCUCAUCGGAGAACCCCCAGGUCCAGAGCACUGCCCUUUUGCUUGCUGCUUCUUUAGCCUCUCUGGCCCCCGAUCGCAUAUUACACACUAUAAUGCCGAUAUUCACCUUCAUGGGCCAUGGCAUCUUGGCCAAAGAAGACGAGAGAUCUAUCUACGUAACGAACCAAGCCAUUGACCAGAUCAUCCCUCCCCUGGUCGCAACGCUAAAGAAGCAGGAUGCUACCAAUUUGGUUCUGUCAACAUCAAGCCUUCUUUCGAGCUUCGUUACAGCAUUUGAUCAUAUCCCGCAACACAGACGCAAUGCCUUCUACCAGAGACUGCUCAAUAGGCUCGGUGCAGAGGAUUUCGCGUUCGCACUUAUUGCACUGCUUGUGUCUAGGCGACGGCAGCAAGAUAUGUCGAUAUUCCUCUCGAACUUGGUAGGCGAUUUGCCGCCGUCCACGCAGCUUUCUACCCAGAAAAAGAUUCUCGAUCUAGUGGACGAUGUCUUUUCGGAUAACCCGCAUAAUGCAGAUCCGCUUCUCAACAUCACCAAAACCACCAAGAACGACCAGCGAGAAGAAAUCGCCGAGGUCUUACUUACUACUGCCUCCAAGCUGCUUGGGUCUAGUGGCCUCAUGUUUUCGGUUAAGCGUUUGCACAAGCUAGGCGAGUCUGAGGCUGAAUCAUUUUGGAAAGUGUACAGAGGCGCUCUCACUCAGAUCUUGUCCAUACUCAAGGACCAGAAAGUCAACCAUCCAAGCUUGACUAGCACAACGAGGGAUUGCUUAAGUGCACUUCUUGGGCUCCCGUCCCUGGCCGAAUUACUACACAUCAUGCCUGAGAUCUUGAGCGAGAUGGAACAUGCCGGUGACAAAGAACUGCAACCUUUGGCUUUGCGUGUCCUCGCUACACAACUUCAGCAUCAUGCUCCGAAGGAUAGCCAUACCCAGUCUGAGGCCAUGGCAUUGCUUCCUACCAUUCAAACGAUCAUUGGGUCUUCGGAAGAAGAAGCUCUCCGUCACGCAGCGAUUACACUAUUGGAUCGGAUCGUUGAAAUUUAUGGCCGCAAGAGCCCCGACGCCAUCAUUGCUGCCUCUAAUGUUCUCAUUGAGGGCGCACACGGGUUGAACUCGCAAGACCCCAGGACUCAAGUCAUGUCUCUUCUCUGCUUAGCUUCUGCAGUGGAAGCUCUCAAAGAAGCCGCUGUUCCAAUCGUGCUUACUUCGAUGUCAAAAGUUCUCGGCCUGUUGGAGGCCAGCCUGGCAGGCGAUGUUGGCAAUACGGAACUGCACAACGCAGCCUUCACACUUCUUUCAUCAUUCAUAUCACACGUCUCAUUCAUGGUCUCGGACGAGAAUGCGGUCGAGAUUUUGAGUCUGUGCCACAAGUCAUCGGCAGCAGCACCCGAACUGGACCCAUCCUGUAAGGAAUCUAGAGUCGAAGCACUCGAGCUACUUGCCAAGAAGAUCGAUUUGAGCACCGUGAUAGACAGUCUCAACAAGGUAUGGAGUGGCGUCGUGGCAGACAUAACGCUCGAAACCGUCACAGAGUAUUUCGACCUGCUCUCUCGCGCUAUUGAUCGCAACUCUAAGCCUGCCGUGGUCCGCAAUGCCGAGCCGAUAACAACGUUCCUUCUUCAAGUGUUGGAUCUUCGGCGCCUUGUGGCUUCUUCUUCCAGCGAAGUUGCCCUGUCUCUAGAGGACAUCAAGCUCGUCGAGUCUCGACUACAGGAUCUGUCCAUCCCCUUCAUCUACAAACUCAACGACACUGCCUUCCGACCACUCUUCGAGACCUGGGUUGACUGGGCGAUCAAGCCGAAUGAUGUACCUGCCAACGCCAACGUGAAAACAGCAAGACAAACAAGCCUCUUUGGUUUCGUCAACCACUUUUUCGCCACCCUCAAGAGCAUCGUCACCAGCUAUGCAAGUUACGUUCUCGAGCCGGCCAAUGCCGUUCUGAGCGCUGCCACCAGCGGCUCCACGAGCAUGUCCAGCGACGACAUGUCACUCUACAGAUCGACAUUAACCCUGUUGACCACGCUGAUGGAGCACGACGCCGAUGGGUUUUUCGCAUCCCCAGGACACUUCUCACCUCUCUCGGACUUGCUCGUGUCUCAACUCACGCUCGCGUCCGCCAAGUCGAAACCACUGCGCGCCGCUGUGGGAGAGCUGGUCAUCCCGGCCAUUGUCAAGCUGGCCACCGCGACAAUGGACACGCCGGCCCACCAUCACGCCGUCAACCACGGCCUGUGUCAGCUUCGACACAAGAGCAGUGCCGCCGUUAGGCUCAGCGCCAUCAGGACGCACUUGGCACUCACGCAGGAUGAGAACGUGGGUGAAGAGUGGGUCAACAACGUCGUUGUCGGCGCAAGUACAGAGGGCGUCGGCGGAAGCGGGGAGACAAUGGUCUACGUCAACGAGAGUCUCGAGGAUGACGACGAGGAAGUCGAGCGCGAAGUGCGCAGGUGGGUGAACAUGGUCAGGGAGAUGGUUGGUGAGGAUGUCUUUGAGGUUUGA